AUGAAUAAUGAGAUGGAUUCCAUCGAUUAUUCUGGAAUUAAACUCACUAGUACCAGAAAUAAAUCCAAGUACUUAAUGAGAAUGAAGAGUGUUAAAUUGUUGAAAAGAUAUAACGUUUGUAUAGUAAGUUUCAAGGAUAAAUUUAAAAAAGUACACAAGAGAGUUGUGAAAACAUCCAAAAUUAAUACAUAUAAUGAUGACUUAAAUAAUAAUGAUACAGAUAACGUUGCAGAUAAUAAUCCUGCUGUUAUGAGUUUAAAGAAUGAAAGGACUGUGAAAAAUAAUUUGGAUGUUUUUGAAGGUAUAAAUGAGAAUAUAAUAAAGAUAAUAAAAAUAUAUUUGAAAAGAUGUUUGUUUAAGGAUUGUAAAUUGGUUAGUGUUAAUAAAAGUUAUAUUGAGGACAUAGUUGAAUUGGUAUUUAAUCCAUGUAUAACAGCCAAAAAGUACCAUUUCACUAGAGAUAUUUUAGAUCUUAUCACAAUACAAUAUAUCACUGAGCCCAUGUUACACAAGUUCAAUGUUAAACGCGGCGACAAAUUGUUUUUGUUUAAGGGAUUUUGCUUCUUUGGACACACUACACAUUUUCCAAAUAAUAUAAUAAAACAUGCAGAAAAUUAUAUACCAUACCACAUAUCGACGUUGUUAAGUAGAUAUAACGUGAUUUGUAUAUCAAACGUUGGCAAUCUGAUGAUUAAUAAGCUGUCCUAUGCCUUUAAGUGUAAUAUAUUGGAUUCAAUAAUAAGCUCAAUUACUCAUUCGGGUGAGGAUUUGGAGAACAACCCAGCCCAAAUGGUUGUGAAAAAUCAAUUAAAUAUGCCAAUGGCAGAUUUAAGCAUGUAUAUGGGAAUAUGUGAAGAAUGUAACAUCAUAGAGAAUAAGAAGAGUAUGGUGUUUAUUCGGUUUUUGGACUAUUUUAAAGGAUUUACGGUCCUAAUUUCAACCCAUUUAAUGAGUUCAGAAAUUUUAAAAACAGUUAAGGAAUUGAUUAAAAUCACAUUAAUUAGACUACAGGCUAUUAUUGAAGAACUACAGUUCAUCAAUAAUCUUAAGGGAACAGUUACAGUUAAUAGAGCUUUAAACAAUGUCAUAGACGAUAAUACACAAAUUUGUGAAAAUUUUUCAGAUUAUCUACUUAAGGCUGAUAAUAUCACAGAUUACCUUGUUGAUAGUCCUAAAGUAAAUAGUGCAGGUGAUACCGAUAUAGUAUAUUACGGAAAUAUGAUUAAUAGUAGUGGAAGUGGUACAGUUAGUGCCGUAGAAUAUAGAAAAGUAGUUAAAUUAACAUUGUACAAAUAUUACACAAAUAAUAAUCAAACGUGCGGUAGUCCGGAACGUGUGUAUGUGUCUGUGGGUAAUUUUAAUGAGGGUAACUUUUUAGUUAAUUUUCUACAAAACCUUCGAAACUGUUUAAAAAUCAACAAGUGUCCAAACCUCAACUGCUCAGAGCCUUUUCUCAACCAUCAACUGCACUAUGAAACAUCAUACUCAAAUACACAUAACAUGAAAUUGACACUAACAUUUCAACAUGCAACACAUAAUUUUACAACACUAGAUAACUACAAUGAAGAUGAUGUUUAUAAUCAUGGCAUAGACUCAGAAAUAAAUAUGGACAUAUACUGCAUGAAGUGUAAUAGCAGUAAAAGGUAUAAAACAAAGAAUAUAACAUUUGGUAGAUUUAUGCAGUUAUUGUUGCUAAAUAAGUUGUAUAAAUCGGAUUGUGGGCAUUUAUUGUUUUAUGACCAUAAGUUUAUUAUAUUAAUUGAUCAGUUCACAAUAACAUUCCACUUAGCUAAUGUAACUGUCUUUAACAUUUUACCGCAGUUUGAUACGAGGCUCUAUAAUUCACAAGUUAACACCCUAAACCCUAUUCAUACAGUUUUGGUCCCUAAUGAUAUGCUUAUUUGUGAUGGUAUUGGAAUAUAUUUCCCAGUAAAUAAUAGUAUAAUAAGCGUAAUACUAAGAAAUGAGUGUAAUAAAAUAUAUCAUUGGGUAAAACAAAAUUAUAAAAAUUUGUUAAGUGGUGAUUUAGUUGGACAAAUUCCAUGUAUUUGUACAUUUUUACGGGUUAAAAAUAUAGAUAAAGUUGAUAAUAUGUCAAGGAGUCAGUGGGUAAAGGAAAUUAAAGGAUUAGAUUUCACAACGUUUUUGUUAAAAUAUGAAAAACAUUCAUCAAUUAAUAUAGAACUAAACCCCAAGCUUCGAGAUAAGAUUAAACAAACACUAAAUAAAGGAGUACCAUUACAUACCUGUGAUAAGUGUGGCAUGGAAUUAUAUGCCACGAUAAGUGAUAUAGAAAUCCUGAAUUGGAUAUAUAUAAUAGUAGGGAUAGUUAAGGAGCUGAUGAGCAAAAUUGCGAAAGUAAAAGUUGGAGUAAAUUACAUAAAACAAUUUUUCAGUGAAAUGGACCAAUUUUAUACUUCAUUAACUAAGUUUGAGAGUAAUUUACCCCAUGUAUUUGUUCAAAUUUUCACACAUAUCUUAUACGCCAAGUACUACUGCCCAAGAGAUCCGAUACAAAUUUUCACAAUCAUCAAAUCGUUCUACAUAAGUUAUUAUAGCUUAUUUGAACAACUGUUAUAUAAUUAUAGAAAAAUCUCACAUAUUGAUCACGUUUCUAAUUUCAAGUUCAAGGAAUGUGAUGACGAUGUUAUCAUUCAGUAUUCAAGUGCCGAAAACUUUAAAUAUGUUAAAAUAAAUCAAGGUAAUUUUUACUCAAUUAUACUUGGCAUUAUAUUACUGUUAAGCUUAUAA